GGGAAGGCCGCGACCUUUUGAUCCAUCCCCCACCCCCGCCUAGAAACCCCGGGCCCAAUCCUCCCGUGAUUCUCGGCUGUGAACGAUUGAGGGGAUCGGAGCCGAAUGUGUCUACAGGGCUCCCGUCGGGAGGAGAAGCCGAAUCCUGGCGCCGUCAGGAAGGGGCGAGCUUCCUUCGCCCUUCUGCGCAUGCCCGGGUCAGGAGGGCGGCGCGCGGGGGGGGGGGAAAGGGACGAGCCCGCGCCUGCGCAGAGAAGACGAGCCCCCUGUAGUUCGCAAGCACGAGUUUGCAGCGGGUUGGGUUGCACGCUCUGCUCGCUCGCGCGCGCGCCUCGUUUUCCUUGCAAGCGGAGCCUUUUGCAAAGCUCCGGGCUCUUUGCACAGGAGGCUCUAUCCCAAUAAGAACCCUGCAUUGGGGGCCGGGGUCGUCUCUUCCCGCCCCUUCCCCAGCAACCCUGCUUGCAUUGCACCAUUCAAUGCCCUGCGCGAGAAAGACGGGGUGGCAUUUCAGACGAUCGGGGCGGACGCGUGUCUGCACUAAACCCGGGGUGUCAACGUAGCUUGCAGUGGGAGCUUUUUUAAAAGAAAAAAAAAAGUUUGUAAAAGUUUCCCCCAUCCGGGCAGCUCUGUAUAAAAACUGUGAAUAUUAAGCUCUGUUUUGGGGGGCUUCGCCUCUUUUUUUUCUUUUGCAAGAACUCCUUGCUCCCCAUGGAUGCAAAAUGUUCCCAGCUUUUGCCUUCCGUUUGCUCCGUCCUGGCCGACCCCGGGCAUCCCGUGGCAGACGACACUUGUCUGGAAAAACUGCUGGACUGGUUUAAGGCUCUGGCCAGCGCUGGGCCUAGUUUGCUGGUGUUAAAAGAGAACCCAUGUCUGAUCGAGUUGAUCCUUGCGGUGCUCAAACAAGGGGAACCAGAUCCCGUCCUUCUUUCUUUCGUCCUGAGGCUGACGGGGAUCUUUGCAGCUUCCGAAAGCAGCUUCCAGUAUCUGCAGCAACGGGAGGUGGUGUUUGGAGCCUUCGGAGAAGCGGGUCCCCUGGGCAGCCCACUCUGGGAAGACAUGACCAUUCGGAGCGGCUGGGUGCAAGGCGCCUAUGUCAUGCUGCAACAUUACAGCGCCUUCCAGUUCCUCUGCAACUCUGGAGCUCUGGAUGUGAUCUUCACUCUUCAAGGAGACCCCAGCCUCUUCAUCGCCGCGGGAGCCAAUCGGCUUCUUGCCCGCCUGCUCAUUUUUUCCGUAGAGUCCGAACCGUCUCGUCUACUCAGUUCAAAGGACUGCGAUUGGCCGGCCUGCGCUCGGAUGAUGGUCGUCCGUGUUGAGGAGGCUCUCACGUCCCACUCUUCGUCUCGGAUCAAGCAUUCCCUGAAGCUCUUAAUGACGUUAUUCGAACACAACCAGGAUGCCUGGACUGAAAUCUUGUGGUCACGCAUAGCAGAAACGGUGGAAGCUGUCCUGAUGGAAGAGCCAAUCCAAGCUGGACCCUGGUUGGUUGAUUUGUUCCUUAGCAUGGCGAGGUCUCCUGCAUUUCGCUCUCAUGAAUGCAGCCUUUGGAAGCUGGUGGCCCUCGCCCUGAAGAAUAUCAGCCUGGCUCAGGCCGGCCCUCUGGCACACGGACUUUUGAAGCUGGAGGCAUGCCCGCAGGCCAUCAAAGCCCAGAGCCUGGCUGUUUUGCUCCAGCCCAUGGACUGCAUCUUACGAGCCACUUCGCAUCGUUUAGCCGCCUCCCCGAAUGCUUCCUCUGCAGAGUCUCUUCUCUCUACCAGUCUCCUGUGUCAGACGAUGGCUCAUCUCGAGGAAGUCCAGGAGACGGCCUGCUUGGCGGUGGACUUUCCCCAUAGGCCUUUGUUAUGCUCCAUGGUGACCAUACUACAGUUUUGCGCUGGCCAGGCUGUGUCGUCGUCCUCCUUCGGAGCUACACUAGGCCACCUCUUGAUUGGCAGCUUCCGAGUCCAGAGGGCAGCCCUCAGCCUCCUGGGAGCACUCUCACGAUGGGCUGCAUUGGUUCACGAUGAAGAAAGGCUGCAAGUGUUUGACGUUCUCCUGACAUACUUACGGAGUCCGGACAACAGUCCUGUGAUUUUGAAGAAAGCCCUUCAAGGAACCCUGAAGUGGCUUCUGACUGACUUGCAGCCUUCCGUCUUCCUUGCCGAUCUCCAGCAACACCAAAAGUUUCUCAGAGAUACGCUGCAGGUGUUACGGAAACAUCUGUGCAGUCCAAGCUGGGAAGUACGCGAUUCCUCCCUGGAGUUUCUCAGCCUGGCGAUGAAGCAUUUGAGAGGGCUAGACUGGUUUUGGCAAGAGCUGCUCUCUUCAGAGUUUCCCACGCUUUUGGAAGAUCUCCUGAAUGAUCCCGAGAGCUACGUGCGUGCCAGCGCCGUGAAAACCUGGGGCCUUUUCUCCCUCAUGGCCCACUCUCGUCCAGAAGCGCCUCUUGUCAAAAGGAACGAGAACACCAAAGAGAUCUGUGUCGGGGCCGCUCGCUUGCUGGAAAUCUUGUCUUCGGACUCCGAAGGUUUUCCUCGCCGAGCUGCCGUCGGCGUCUUCAUUGACUGGCUGAAGGAAGGACACCCUGAGGCCUGGGCGGAUCCCGCCGAGUUCGUUUCCCGAGCUUUUCAAGCUGUGGAUGGAGACUUAGAUUGGGAAGUCAAAAUUAACGCUCUGGAACUGGCGGGUGUUUUCAUCGCCCAGACAUUUGACCGGCUUGGACUCGGACAGAGCUCAACUUCAGCUGGUUCUUCGCUUGCCAAGAUGCCAGCGCAUCUCGCCGACGUGCUGCGGCUCUUCUGUCAAAUGAAAAUGUUUGGCUUCCUUUUCAGAGCCCUUCAGGACUGCGACAGGCCAGUGGCACUCAAGGCCUGCGAGGUCCUUUUGGCUCUGAAAUCCGCUCUUUGCAAACACCGGUCGAAAUCGUCACCGUCGGGAGAUGGUGCUGGGCUAAAGGAAGUUCCUACAGAGACACCCUUCUCUUGUCUUUUGAGCCUUCCUGCUGGGGAGGCUGCCGAAAAGGAUUGCCAGGAUCCAGAAAGGCUGAGCCUGAUAUUAGAAUCUGUGGACCUGGAGGGUUUGCGAAGGUCUCUGGAUGUGAGCAGCGAUCACCUGGAGAGGAAUCCCCAGUCUCUCCUGCAGGAUAUCCUGGCUGCAGGGAACGCCGAGGAGAACAAAGUAGAUUGCUAUUGAAAGGAUGGGCUGGAGCUCGCCGGCCAGCUUGGAAAAGGGGCCAACUGUAAGAACCAAAUGACUGCAAGCACGCUGCUUUUUCCAGGCACCUCCAGAAAGUGGGCCUGGUAGAGCGAAUUAAAACAGGAAGAAUAAACACCAAAGAAGAGCUAAUGGACAUUUGAACCAAAAGGCAAAACUCACACAAACUUGGGGUGAAUGCAGGGGAUGAUAAUAAAUGAAAUAAAGACCCAAUACUCCUC